CAAUAUGCGACGCCUCGGAUAUGUCGCACCUUACGAUGGAGCCCAUGCCAAAAGAUCUAUAUCAUGUGGGACGAAGCGCACUACUUGGAAAAAAAUAUUUCGACCCACAGCUACGACAGGAAUCCAACCUUUCUAUCCUUGAACGUGUGCUCUCCAGGCUUCGAUACACAAACUUGUUCUCGUUCUUUGUAUCUAUCUUGGGACGCAUCUCACCACCUGCCCAGACGCGAUUGGUAGGCUCGCAUCAACGGAUCUUUGAAGUCACGUUGCGGUCCGUGCCUCCGUUCACAGACCUUGGAUUCGACCACUUGAUGACUGGACGACAAGUGGGGAAGAUAGGUGCUCAAACACUAGCUGAAGUCACGGAACUCGAGUGUGUUGUCCAUAUGGGUCGACCUCUGUCAGUUCGCCUCCAUCUCAAGGCUUAUCGAUUCUCAUAUGUAUUGUAGCUGGGGUGGACGUUACGAUUUUGGUGGCAAGGACGUGAAGAGUACCAUCCUCGCCCAAGUGAAGCCUCUAUGCCAACAGCCAGGGGACUUUA